AUGGUUGGUGUUUCCGCGACAACAUCACGGGCGACAAGUCGAGGGCAUCGGCUCGUCGGUGAACCGCAUAUUUACGCCCCUCCACCAUUGCAACUGCCACUCUUGACACUGGGCGUACUCGGAGCACAAACGGUAUGGUCGAUCGACAUGGCCUUUGCGCCGCCCUACCUGCUCGACCUGGGCCUCUCAAAGUCUGCCAUGGCAGCCGUCUUCAUCGCUGGGCCUCUAUCCGGUCUCAUUGUCCAACCACUCAUCGGCAAUCUUGCUGACAACAGCACAUCAAAGUACGGACGCCGUCGGCCAUUUCUCGCAGUCUCAACUGGCAUCUGUGCCCUCAGUAUCCUACUGCUUGGUUUCGCGAGCGAGCUCGCCGGCUGCUUUACGACGACGGACACCAAAGCACAUCGCCAUUUGGCCAUCAUGAUUGGCGUGUUGUCGGUCUACCUCAUGGACUUUUCCGUCAACGCUGUCACUGCACUCGACCGCGCACUUAUGAUCGAUGUAGCUGCAACCGAAGACCAAGCCGAAGCCAACGCAUGGGCUGCUCGUCUUUCUGGAGUCGGCUCCGUGCUCAGCUUUCUGAUCGGCAAUCUCGAACUCCCCAGCAUCUUCCCACGCUUUCUGGGCACAAGCCAGAUUCAGAUCGUGUCGGUGCUUGUCUGUAUCAUUCUUGUGGUUACGCAUGCCCUCGUUGUGCUUCGCGUGGAUGAACAAGUGCUUGUCGCAGUUCGUAGUGCCACUUCAAGGGCGUCCAAGAAGGCGCAAGGAUCUGGUCUUUCGGCUGUCUUUGCUGACCUUUCUAGACAAGCACGUAUCCUGCCGCAACCUAUCCUUGAGAUCUUCAAGAUCCAAUUCUUUGCCCAGAUCGGCUGGUUCCCCUUCCUCUUCUAUAGCACCGUAUGGGUCGGCGAGAUCUACAAGGCAGAUGCCCGACUGAACGGCAGCAAGCAAAGCGACCACGAGCUGUUCGAGAAGGCGACUCGUGCAGGAAGCCAUGCCUUCUUCUGGCAUGCCAUCCUCUCGCUCAUUACCUCGAUCCUGCUUCCGUUGGUCGUUCCCAACCCUGUGCACAAGACACACGGCCAUCCUGUCUGGUUCGCGAACUCACAAAUAGUGGGCAUACUAAGGAGCCUACGCGAUCGCUGCCCAGAACUGCCAUUCUGGUGGAUCUGUGGACACUUGAUCUUCUUUGUCUCGAUGAUGGGCACAUACUUCGCUGGGCUUACACAAAGCGUCUUUCUCGCCACCUGGAUCGUGUCGGCAGUGGGAUUUUGCUCUUCCCCUCAGAGCUGGGUACCUUUUGUGCUUUUAAGCAUCCUUAUCCAGACGCAGCAGGCGAAACAAGUGGUUGACUCGACGCAUGCUGCCAGCAGCGCACCCAGUCGGCAUACUACUCGGAUUGGCGAUGAUUGCCAGCAGUCAGAUGAAAUGACAAUGGCUCUGCUUGGCGACAGUUUGCGGGAUGAGGAGAACAAUGGCAGACCAUUGAGUCGCACAUCAUCGUAUGACUCUGCUCCUAUCUCGAACAACCGAUCACGGCCGCAGUCUCGCAUCGAUGGCGAUCCAGACUCGGACGACGAAGACCAGCUGAACGGUACGCUCUCCUUCGGAGCGCCAAGUCUUCAGGAAGAAAGGUCACGACGGAGCUCAAACUACGAUGCGGAUGAUGACGUGGAAAGAGCUAACGAUGGUCUGGAAGGUCAUGACGAUGCUGGCGCAAUUACGUUACAAGCAGGCAGCGUGUUGGGAUUGCACAAUGUCGCAGUGGUGAUACCACAAUUCCUCGUCACAGCACUCUCAUCGCUCAUCUUUGCCAUCAUGGAGCCAAGCAGCAAUGACGAUCAGAAGACUCCGAGUCAGGAUGACAGUGCUGGACAAGUAGAAGCUAGCAAUGGGGAUGCGCUCGGGCUCAUCUUCCGGCUGGGAGGAUGCUGCGCUCUGGUCGCAGGCAUCCUUGCUGUACGACUGGUUCGCAGACAUGGUCACGAUCUUCGUGGAUACUGA